AUGGUAGGAUCGGAUCACCGACCGAUCCUGGCAACCAUAGAUAAUAAGAUCCCUAAAGCGCGGCGGCAAUUCCGAUUUGAUAAACGAUGGAUUGGACAAGAUGGAUUUUCGGAGGCAAUUAAACGAGGUUGGUUGGAGAAUCAAACAAAUGCGGAAUCAAAUGUAGUGGAUAUGAUCCGUAAAUGCCGUCAUGAAAUUUCUCGAUGGCGGCACGAAAAUAAACCAUAUGGAAAGGAAAAAAUAGCGGAACUACAGAAAGCUCUUGAAGAAAUUCAAAAUGAUGAUCUUCGAACCCAGGAAGAUCUGGAUGAAAUCACACAAAAAUUGAAGGAAGCUUACCGAGAUGAGGAACAAUACUGGAAGCAAAAAAGCCGUAAUCUCUGGCUUAAGGAUGGGGAUUUAAAUACAAAAUUUUAUCAUGCAACCACGAAACAGAGAAGAGCGAUAAACAGGAUGGUCGGUUUACAUGAUAAGACGGAUAACUGGGUUACCGGGGAAAAAGAGAUGGAAAAGGUGGCGGUUGAUUAUUUCUCGGAUUUAUUUACGACUACUUCCCCAGAUGAUUUCACGGACAUACUUGAAGGUAUUCCAGCGGUGAUCACGGAAACCGAUAAUGCACUGCUAAUGCGCCCAGCGUCGGAAGAGGAAGUGCGGGCGGCUCUGUUUCUGAUGAACCCGGAGAAAGCUCCCGGACCGGACGGGAUGACGGCCUUAUUUUUUCAAAAAUCAUGGCCGUUAAUAAAAACGGAUAUUUUGGGGCUUAUUAAUGAUUUCUUGAUAACGGGAGCCUUUGAUGACAGAUUAAAUUUGACGAACAUCUGCUUAAUCCCAAAGACAGAGCGUCCUACCCGGAUGACGGAACUGCGCCCAAUUAGUCUAUGUAAUGUGGGCUAUAAAAUUAUCUCUAAAGUAUUAUGUGAGAGGUUGAAAACGGUACUAUCCCAGCUAAUUUCGGAGACCCAGUCAGCUUUUGUCCCAGGGAGACUGAUCUCGGACAAUAUUCUGAUAGCACAAGAAAUGUUUCAUGGCCUAAGGACAAACAAGUCUUGUAAGGGAAAGUAUAUGGCGGUAAAAACUGAUAUGAGCAAAGCGUAUGAUCGAGUUGAGUGGCAAUUUGUUGAAGCCACAAUGCGGAAGAUGGGAUUCGGAGAACGAUGGAUCGGGUGGAUCAUGAAAUGCAUAAAGUCGGUUGUGUAUAAAGUACUCAUCAACGGGCAACCACGGGGAAAAAUAACUCCGAAUAGGGGCCUACGUCAGGGAGAUCCUUUAUCUCCCUACAUCUUUAUUCUCUGUACAGAAGUUUUGAUAUCAAAUCUUAAACGGGCAGAAUCUGUUAAAUCUCUAACGGGUCUGAAGGUGGCUCGUGCAAGCCCACCAGUAUCACAUUUACUAUUUGCGGAUGAUAGCUUAUUUUUUUGCAAGGCAUCGGUUGAGGAGAGUGCAGUUUUACUACAAAUUCUUCAGAACUACGAACGGGCAUCAGGCCAAAAAAUAAAUUUUGAUAAAUCAUCUAUCCAAUUUGGCCAUACGGUGGAGACAACGGUACGUGCGGAGAUUCAUCAGAUGUUAGGUAUACAUAAGGUCGGGGGAGUUGGUAACUAUUUAGGUGUCCCAGAGAGCUUGGGGGGUGCCAAAACAAAGAUUUUUAGUUUCUUGAUCGAUAGACAGCAGAAGCGGAUAAACGGCUGGACAUCUAAGGUUCUAUCUAAAGGGGGAAAAGAAGUAAUGGUCAAGUCUGUACUUUCGGCGAUGCCGACACAUGUCAUGUCAUGUUUUAGAUUACCAAAGGGAGUAACAAAUAAACUAACAAGUGCGGUAGCAAAUUUUUGGUGGAGCACAAAUUCCCAAACACGGGGUAUGCAUUGGCUCGCGUGGCGGAAGCUGUGUCGACAUAAAACUGACGGGGGACUGGGAUUUAGGGUAAUAGAAGAUUUUAACACAGCGCUACUCGCAAAACAGUUAUGGCGCCUAAUGGAUAACCCGGAUUCCCUGUUUGCUAAAGUUUUCAAGGGGAGAUAUUUUCGGAACUCAACCCCCUUGGACCCAAUUCGCUCUUACUCUCCAUCUUAUGGAUGGCAGAGUAUCGUUUCAGCUCGACCUCUGGUAUGCAAAGGACUUAUUAAAAGAGUUGGUUCAGGUUCAUCUAUCUAUGUAUGGUAUGACCCCUGGAUUUCCGAUUCUUGCCCGAGGCCAGCUAUCUGUAAAGGAAUUAAUUACUACCCACACCUCACGGUGAAUCAGUUAAUUAAUUCCCAGACCUCAACGUGGAAUCGACCACUAUUGCAACAAUUUUUUGAGAGUGAGGAAAUCACUCGCAUUACGGGUAUACCAGUGGCUACUGGAUAUAAACCCGAUACCUGGGGCUGGUUUUAUACAACAACGGGUCGGUAUACGGUUAAAUCGGGAUAUACUGUGCUACAGGAGCUUUCUCAGAUGAGGGGACACUACCAGUCUUUGGACCGGACACUCGGAGAUUGCAAGCGCAAUCCUGGAAGGUUAAAUGCACCACAAAACUCCAACAUUUUCUCUGGCAAAUUAUUACCGGAUGUUUAUCGGUUGGCGCACGUUUAUGUAGUCGGGGAAUGCGUGUGGACCCACUGUGCGUGA